UACCUAAAUUGUAGUUAAUUUGUCUAGGAAUUUUAAAAGUUGCAUUUGGUUUCAUAUGAUUUGAUGGCAUUUGAAAUGUCUUUUAUGUGUCUUAAUUUUGAUCCGCUAAAGCUUUAGGACAUCUUAAGUAUCAAAAGAUCGAAUUGAUGUUCAUAGGAGAUUCCAUGCAGAAAGCCCAGUUUGAGUCAAUGGUUUGUUUGGUGCAAUCUGUGAUUCUUGAGGAGAAGAAAUCCUUCCGUAGAAUUCCGCCCACAAUGAUCUUUAAAGCUGAGGAGUACAAUGCAUCAAUUGAGUGCCACUGGGCUCCCUUCAUGGUGGAUUCUGAUUCAUACCAUGCAACAUAUCAUACUAUCCUGAAAUGACUAGUGAACCUUGCUGCCAAAGCCAAACAUGGUAGGAGCUAGGAAGGACUUGAUGUAUUGGUGUUUGAGAGCUAUAUCUGGUGGAUGCACAAGCAUAACAAGCCUAGGUCAAUGCUAUGUAAGUUUCCAGUUUUCCAGCUAAGGCUUUCUAUUCUGUCCAAAUUCUUCUAGUUUUUGUGAACCUUGCUGCCAUAGCCAAACACAGCAGGAGCUAGAAGGAGUUGAUAUGUUGGUGUUUGGAGCAAUAUCUGGUGGAUGCACAAGCAUAAAAAGCUUCAGAUCAAUGUUAUUUAUGGAACUCCUGGGAUUUUUCAAGAAUAAAAUGUGACAACUACUCGUCAAUUGAGAAACCUGGGCAAAUUGGAUAGAAUCUAACAUCAGUCCUUCAUGUCCCCAACACAUGUCUGUGAACCCUUCAAGGCUUUCACCUCUUCCUGCAGAACUAGUUGCUCUCUGCUAUGGUGGUGAUGCAAAUCAUGAUAUCCCUCGUGCUACAGUCACCAGACCCAGUUUUAAGAUUGGCCACCAUUUGCCCCAAUCGUUCGUAAUGAUAUUGCAAAUGAUGUACUGAUUUAUCUACAAAAGUUUAUGUAUGUGCCUUUUUAUCAUUCUAAGGAUUGGUUUCGUGCUUUUUUUAGAAUGACAUAUGGCUGCUACUCCAGCAUUCAUCAAAGGGGAAGGUUGGAAGCCAAGCGAUAAUGAGAACUGCUUUAACGAGACCCAUCCAAUCCAAGAAGCAUCAUACAAGAACUAAAGAUCAACCAUUCCAGUUUUGAACAUUACACAAUUGUUAGAAUAUAUCAGAAAAAUGCUCAUACAUUUCUGUUUAUGAAGACCCUGAAAUUUUGCUGAUUGCAUUCAUUGGUGCUUGCCGGGACCACCCUAAGAAGAUGCUCAAUGCAUCAGUUUAUGCUCAUACAUGGAAUGAGAUUUUGUAUGCAUAAUUGUUGAACGGUUGUAAAAAUCUUUUGAACUUCAUUUUUGGAAAUUAAGAGUGUAAAAUCAAGAUACUGACAGAGUGAGUUUCAUCAUUUUCUUUGCGGUAAGACAAGAUAUUU